AUGCACCACGCAAAUGUGAAGGUUUUUCCGCCGAGAUGGUAUUUCGGAAAAAUCAAAAGAAUCGAAGCUGAGAAGAAGCUCUUGAUGCCAAAUAACUCCCACGGAGCGUUUUUAAUCCGUGACAGUGAAAGUCGCAGGAAUGAUUAUUCCCUUUCUGGUGAGUCAAGUGCGGAAGAGAUAUGCAUUUUGGAUUACCCUGCUUUGCGGGUAUUUGUGGGAUCCGUCCGGAUGCGAUCGUCCCCUUGA